ACAUUUUCGUCAUUCGUUUUGGAUUUUCCGCGAGUCGACAAUUAAUCCUUUUCCAAGAUACAUUUAUAAAAAUUAUAUUUAUUCUCAAUAUGUUUAUCACAAGACCUGUAGUAUCUCGACUUUUCCAGCAAACAGUGCGCCGCUACCAUGCGGGUGAGUUCAAGCCCCCAAGCAUGGAUGAGCUGCCGGUGCCCAAUGGCUCCUGGCAGGCACGAUAUGACGCCAGCCAGAGACAUUACAACUCGGUGCUCGCCUUCGGUAUUGCCUUUGCCGCUUUCAGCGUUGUAGUGGCUAAGUCUUCUGGAUUGGUGUACCUGAACUACUCUCCCCCCAAGUCUCUGGAUUAAAUGUUUUGAUUAUACUGGGAUCUAUGUAUGGAAAUUCAUUUAGUUGAAAUAAAUAAUAGUGUUUAAAAAUCA